UGUAAAGGGAAAAGGGGAUACCUAGUCAGUUGCACAACUGAAUGCAUUCACCCAAAAUGUGUCUUCUGCAUUUAACCCCUCUGAAUCAGAGAGGUACGGGGGACUGCCUUAAUUGACGUCCAUGAGGGCUCGGGGAGCAGUUGUUGGGGGUUAACUGCCUUGCUCAAGGGAAAAACUGAAGAUUUUUCCACCUUGACAGCUCGGGAAUUCGAACCAACAACCUUUUGGUUACUAGGCCCAAUGCUCUUAACCGUUAGGCUACCUGCCGCCCAAGUAAAAGAGGAACUGAUGAAGGAUGCAACUUCUAUAGAUGCACCUCUAUCUACAGUAUCUCUGUGAGGCAAUGCUCUGUCUGGCCCCAAGGGCCUGGCUGUCUCCGGUCUACUGAUUAGUAGAUUAGUUGGAUGAUAGUUGCUGAAUUGUGGUCAUAAUGUGUUACUAUAUGCUUCAUAUAACUGACUGUUACUGCCGGUCCUGAAUACAGUAUGACAUGUUCAAAGAUUUCAAUUUGAACAUACAUUUUUUUAUGUUUUUGAGAGACCAGAGAGUAUCUGUGAUGGUUUAUAGUGUGAAAGAGGUUUGUAUUGAAUGUAUGAAAACAUCAUCGUGGGAUGUUAGAGGCAACACUCUUCCUUGUACCACCAUGUGGGUUGGCUCCCACACAACACCCACUUCCUGUAGAAUGAGGACCUGUCAGAUAGAGCCUCCCCUCCUCAGUACAAUCCCCCUCCACACCAGACCACAAUGCUAUGCUGACAGACACUCACAAACACCUUGCCACUCUCAGACAUAGAGCUUGGGGCAGCGAUGGGGUAGAUCAGACACACCUGUCUGUGGAUGGGACACACCUGCCACCUGUCUGUGGAUGUCAUGUAUCUCCAUCUCACCCCGAGGGUAGUCUGUGUCUGGCUCUGGAUCAUAGCAGGCUGGGUGAACGUACUGGGGCAUGGGAUUAUAGAUGAGGCUGUCCCUCACCUGUCAAAGAAAGAUGUGUUGUUGUUGGCUGGUGAUGCAGAUCCAAAGUGUUUUACCAGGACACAGUAUGACUUGACCUGUUUCUGGGAGACACCAGGCAACGCAGCUUAUGACUUCUUCUACAGGAAUGAUAAUGAGGAAAAGGAGAAGCGGUGUAUACUGACUCUCCAGAGGACAGAGAAGGGGGAGGAAGAGGAGGAGGAGGGGAAGGUUCUCCACAUCUGCUUCUUCCCUUGCUCUGACGUCUUCCUGUUCACGCUCACACACAUCAGAGUGGUGGAGAGCAGCUCCAACUACACACUCUUCACACGCACCAUCAGCGUUGAGGACCAGGGUCUCCUGGAACCCCCUGUGAAUGUAUCCCUUCACCCAACAGGGCAAGCUGGGCAGUUGCAGGUGUCUUGGCACGCACCAAGAGAUUGGGAGAACAAUGUGCAUUAUGGGAUGCAUUACUUCUCCCAGGGACUGGGGGAGAGGACAGAACUGAUAAGGUCCAUGAGGUCCCCCAUUCACAGCCUGGUUUCUCUGCUGCCAGGGGAGGUGGUCAGCGUCCAGCUGAGGGUCAAACCCAAUGGCUACAGUGAGACAGAGACCAGCGGUCACUGGAGCGACUGGUCGGUCCCCAUCACUGCCAUGGUACCUCAGAGCGCAGCUGAUAUCUCAUUGUUUUGUCAUACCUCUGACCUGCAAAACAUCACCUGCCAAUGGAAUGGGCAGUCCUAUAGAGAUGCUACCUACACCUUAAACUACAAGCUGGGACCCAGUAAAAGGGAGGGUUGGAGAAAGUGUCUGCAGAAUGAGAACACCUCCUACCACUGCCGUUUCCAUGGAGCGGAGUCCAGCGAGAUACUGGUUAAACUCAGUACUGGUCCUGGUUCUCUCAAACGGACCUUCUACACUGAACCCUUCAGACUCAACAACAGCAUUCAAACAGGCCCUCCAGGGAGGCUGAGGGGGAAGUGGGAGGGGGGCAGGCUGCGUCUGAGAUGGGGCACACCUCUACUGGCUCUGUCUCUCCACCUGAUGUACCAGCUCCGCUACCAGCCUCAAGGGGAGGCCGUCUGGAAGGUACAGAGCCUACCUACAGAGCCCACCUGUUCUGUGCUGGUGACCCUGCAGGUUUCUGAGAACAGUAUUUGUCUGGACGUUCAGACUGGCAGUCUGUACUUUAUCCAGGUCAGAGCCAGGCCCAACGGGUCAGUCUACGCUGGCUACUGGAGCGACUGGUCACCCCCACUUACUGUGGACACACCUUCAGAUACAGCAGGGGCCCUCUUCAUCAUCUGCAUCCCUCUCAUGAUGCUCAUCCUAUCAGUUGUGUUCCUCUCAAUGAUCUCCAGGUAUCUCAGUAAGCUCAAACGGUAUCUGUGGCCACCAAUCCCAAAACUUGACAAAGUACUGCACGGCUUCCUGACAGACAUCAACGGCCAGACUUGGGACCCUCCCUUCAUCAUCAAGCAAUAUUCUGAGGAGACCCCAGCCUCUGUGGUGGAGAUUAUGUCUGAGAGGGAGGCUCCAGAUGGAGGGAAGCUUCCCAGGGAGUCCUCCUUACUACUCUCCCCAGAACGAGGCUCCGCUGGCGGGGAGGAGGAAAGGCUCCCCACCCUGGCCCUGGAGCUCAGCCAAGACUACGUGACCCUGGCCACAGAUGACGUCAUCCCCUGUCUCCGAGGGAACAAGUAUGUGUAUGACGGGGAGGUGGGGGCAGAGUCUCGAGGCCUGGGGGAAGAUGAGGUUCUCCAGAUGAGGUGUCACUGCUCCUCCAACUUCCCAUCAUCCUCCAGUACCACGGACAUCCUCAACCGCUCCUACAUGCUGCUGGCCGAACAACCUAUAGAGAGACUGGACUGUCAGGACAGCAGCAGGGCCUGCAAGCUCUAUGCCAACCUGAAGAGAACAAACUCAGCUAAUGCAAACACCUGAUUGGCACAGCUCAACAAGGGCACACAAACUGGACAGUUACAAAAUAUCCAUUACAUCACUACCAAAACAUGUCCUUGCAUAUAGCUUAUUAAAGAUGUAUUUUAUGACUAAUGGGUUAAUAUAUCAAGUGCACCCAAAUGUGGAUGAACGGAUAUGGAUUGUUAUGUUGCACGGUCAUACUAUAUACUGUAAAUAUAUAUAUUUAACUUGUCACA